AUGCUCACCACCUCUUCCGCGCCGCUCGUCUGGAUCGACUGCGAGAUGUCCGGGCUCGCGCGCACAGACGUGCUAUUACAAGUUGCAUGCUACGUGACAGACUCGAGCCUCACGCUCCUCGACUCCGGCGGGCUAAACAUCACUCUCUCAGUGCCGGACGCUAUUCUCGACGGUAUGGACGAGUGGUGCACGCGCACGCACGCCGCCACGGGGCUCACGGCCGCUGUGCGCGCGUCUACUACUACUGCUGCGGCGGCGGAGUGGCUGGUGCUCGAGUAUGUCAAGAGGUUCGUGCCAGAGAGGGGCGUGGGACUGCUUGCCGGGAAUACGGUACACGCCGAUAAGGUGUUCCUGCAGAGGGAGAUGCCGAGCGUGGUCGAUUGGCUGCAUUAUCGAAUUCUCGAUGUUAGUGCGAUUAAGGAGGCGGCGAGGAGGUGGUGCUCUGAUGAGGUGCUGCAGGGUGUGCCUGAAAAGAAGGGGCUCCAUGAGGCUGGCGAGGAUAUCAGGGAGAGUAUUGAGGAGGCGAGGUAUUGGAGGGAUGUGCUCUUUCGGCCGGCCGGGGGAAUGGAGAAGAAGGGGGGGACGUGA